GAUCCAACAUGGCGCUGACGUUGCUCGCCUGAGAGUGCACUUCAAACCGCUACAAGUUCAGCUAGUUUAGGUCGAUUUCAGUUGCGGAGAGUUUAGCUACACAGUUCAGCGUUUGUAAACUGCAGAUAUCAGGCGUUUUGGAAAUGAAGGGGAAGGAGCGAUCGCCGGUGAAGAAACGCUCCCGGGUGCCAGAUGAUAGAGACCGAGGAGGAAGCUACCCGAGCAGCAAGAAGACCCUGUCGACGGUCGGCAGCAACGCGGGCAACGGCUCGGCUCUGAGCGGCGCCUCGUCCAGGAGAAGUUUACACGGUGAUAAAAGAGACUUGAGGGAGUCAGACGGACAUAAUUCCUCCAGUCGGACCGGUAGCGGCUACGACUACGGAGUUGUUUCGGGAAACAAGCCGCACAGUGUCGCUGACAUCUCCGCGGAAACAUCCAGGUCCGGUUCACGCAGCGACCCGCGGCCUCCGCCAAACCCAGAAUGUGAGUACAAAACUCUAAAAAUAAGUGAACUCGGCUCACAGUUGAACGACGAGGAGAUAGAGGACGGACUGUUCCAUGAGUUUAAGAAGUUUGGGGACGUGAGUGUUAAAAUUAGCCGAGAAAACGACGAGAGGGUCGCGUUUGUGAACUUCAGGAGGCCCGACGACGCCCGGGCGGCGAAACACGCCCGCGGCAAACUGGUACUGUACGACCGGCCCCUGAAAAUAGAGACCAUCUACAUGAACCGACGGAGAAGUCGCUCACCAGUUUCUAAAGACAGUUUCCCGUCAGGACACAGACAUCUGCACUCUCAGAGAGCUCUGUCUCCCUCUGGUUUGGGCUACAGAGACUACCGGCUCCAGCAGCUGGCUCUGGGACGCCUCCCUCCUCCUCCCCCACCGAUUCACCUCAGAGACCUGGAAAGAGACAGAGACUAUUCAGUGUAUGAGGCCAGAAGUAGACCCCCGUUCAUCUCUGAAUGUGCUGUUUUCCGUGAUGAUGACCUGCUGACCCAUGAGGACGACCAGAGGGCGAAUAGGACGUUGUUUUUGGGCAACUUGGACAUCAGUGUGACAGAGAAUGACCUGAGGAGAGCCUUUGACAGGUUUGGAGUGAUAACAGAGGUGGACAUAAAGCGAGCAGUAAGAGGCCAGAGCAACACCUAUGGGUUUAUUAAGUUUGAGAACCUUGAUAUGGCUCAUCGUGCCAAAGUAGCCAUGACAGGGAAAGUGGUGGGCCACAACCCAAUUAAAAUUGGAUAUGGUAAACCUACACCCACGACCAGGCUGUGGGUGGGGGGCCUCGGACCCUGGGUUCCACUUGCUGCACUGGCUAAAGAGUUUGACCGCUUUGGCACCAUAAGAACUAUAGACUACAGGAAGGGUGAGGCGUGGGCGUAUAUCCAGUAUGAAAGUCUGGAUGCUGCACAGGCUGCAUGCAGUCACAUGAGAGGCUUCCCUCUCGGUGGUCCUGACAGGAGACUCAGAGUGGACUUUGCAGACACAGAGCAUCGUUACCAGCAGCAGCAGUACGUGCAGCUUCCUCUCCCCCUGCCACACUAUGAUUUGGUCUCUGAGUCCUUUUCUCACCGCCUUUCUGACCCAGUGAGAUUGAGAGAGCGGUCCCCUCCACUUCCCAGUCGCUACAGAGACAGGGAUCUCUACUCCACAGCUGAAUGGGUUGGCCUUGGUGUUCAUGAGAGGAUGCGAGAAGCAGGCUUCGAUCCAAUAGACCGUCUGGAGAGGCGUUCCAGUGAGAGCUGGUUGAUAGAACGUGAGCGUGAGUUGCAAAGCAGAGAUCUAAGCCGCAAAAGGAGACAUUUAGAUGAUGGCUGGCGGCCGGAACGCUCACCUGACAGCAACGACUUUAGUAAGCGGCGUCAUGGCAACUCAUUAGAGCGCAGCCCUGGAGGGAGCAGCCGGGAUGGGGGGCGCUACAGUGACCCUGAGCGUCUGUCUCGCUCUAGCAGAACCUCCCCCAUCAGAGAGCGGCCGAACAGCCAUGACACUGGGCAUGCAGACAAGAGAAGAAGAACACUUAGCCCAUCUGAGCCAGGCUCCGAGAGGGACCGCAAACGCAAAGCCAGUGACUUAUCUAAGAGCCCAGCGAGGAAGGAGGAGCGUUCAGAACGUCCUACCCCCUCCUCUAACUCCCCUUCCUCCAAGUCUGGCCAGCAGUCCACGGGGGGGCAGAAGCUGACUCAGACAUGGCAGGGGGUCCUCCUCCUGAAAAAUAGCAGCUUUCCUACUGCACUGCACCUGCUGGAAGGGGACAUGAGGGUGGCUUCCAGUCUGCUGGUGGAGGGCUCCACAGGGGGGCCAGUGUCCCAGCUGAAGAUCAGCCAGCGCCUGCGCCUGGACCAGCCGAAGCUGGAUGAAGUCUCCCGUCGCAUCAAAGCCGCCAGCUCCAGCGGAUACUCCAUCCUCCUGGCCGUGCCCGGGAAAUGUGAGGACAGCGGAGUCCAGGAUGCCAGCAGCUCCACUGAAAGACCACUGAAGAACCUGGUUUCCUACUUAAAGCAGAAGGAGGCGGCUGGCAUUAUCAGCCUCCCUGUGGGGGGAAGUCAUGACAAGGACCAAGGAGGAGUUCUUCACGCUUUCCCCCCAUGUGAGUUCUCCAAGCAGUUUGUGGAUUCCUCUGCCAAAGCUUUUGCCAAAUCAGAGGAUGACUACUUGGUGAUGGUCAUUAUCAGAGGAGCGUCAUGAAAAAUGUUCAAAUUAUACAUGUCUGUCUUCACAUUCAUCAACUGUUAAAUUGUAAGAUGUUAAAAACAGGGAGAAGUAAUGAUAAAAAAAGCAGUAUAGGAUGAAAUGACAGGGUACUUACUUUGAGUUCCCCAACCUGCAGGGUGGCUCCUAUUUCCAUUUUUGAAGUUUUUUUUUAGAAAUGAAAGUCAGGCUGAAAUAUAUACAUUUUGAUAAGUUGAUGAAUAAUAUAGGUGGCAUGUUGCCUUCUGCUAAUGAGAUAAAUGCACAUUACUUGAAGGGUCAUAAAACUAAUUUAGAGCAAACUACAGUUCUGUGACUAUAUGUUGCCUUAUCUCAUUUAAAAAGAACCACCAUUGAGUUGUAUCGUUUCAUACAUCCUGCCUAUUACAGAAAACAAAUUUAAGAUCAUGAUGCAAGCAUUUCACCUUCAUUUUAUGUACCUGGCAUAGAUUUAAUUGGCUGGUUUCAACAACACGGUAGUACGAUUAAAGUAUUGGUACUGUCAGGCCAUGAAGGAAUUUAAUCAAACUCAUGUACAUUGUGAUUUUCUUUUGAUUCAGGAAUUAUAUGUUUGCUCCAAAGCUUUCUCCGUCGCUCAUUAAUAACUGUAUUCCAAAUGUGCAUAUAUAUGAAUUUUUGCAGAUGAUGUAGACAUUUUUAAUUCUUUCCAUUUCAAUGGUUCAGUUCAGCAGCUUUUUUAUUUUUGCCAGUUGGACCAGUCAUGCUCAAAGCUGCAUAAAACAUAAAAAAAACUUGGCAAUUCUGUAGACACAAACUUUGCGGCAUCUUACUUUACACAGACGUGUUCAUAUGUAAUGCAAAAAUACAUACGAGCACAACGAGUUAAAGUAUAAUCGACAUCAUCAUUAAUGCUCUUUUCUGGGCCACGGGUUUUCCCAAGGUCAACACAGGUUUUUGUGUGUUUUCACUAAACAUUGGUACCAGUUGCACCAGUAUGUAGAGGAUGGACAUAAGCAGCAAUUCCUGUGUGUUUCUUGCUCCAAGGUGUAUGAGACUGCAUCAUAUUACAUGAUCUUAUAAAGCAGCAGAACACAUUGAAAAUGUCUAUCAUAAAUCCCAAGGUGAAAUCCUUAAAUAGCUUUCUUUGGUCAGACCAAGAGUCCAAAAUCUAAAGAAAUGUGGUUUUAUAGAAAAACUUUAACUGUCAGAAUGCAUCUUUGUUCUUUUGAAGACUAGCUCUUCCUCAGUUAAAUGCCUGAUAUGUUCUGCUUUAAUACUUUUACCACUGAGUUUAGUACACUCCUUUCAGACCUAGUCCACACAUAGACUGUUAUUUUUUAAACGAUGUUUUUUCUCUGUUGUUCAAAAAAAAAAAAAAAAAACUCUUCCCCCACACGAAGUAUUCCAGACCAGCAGGAAGCUAUGUAAACCUAAAGCCAAUCUGAAGCUUAAGAAAUACAAAUCAAAACUGUAUCUGUGACCAAAACGCAUGGAAAAAGCUACGUUUUAAAUAAUACUCAUAUGUGUGGACAGGACAGUCUUAACAAAACAGAAUUUUACAAAGAUGUGUGUUGUAAGGCUGUUAAUUUGAAUAUGCGUUACAGCUUUGCUUUUUGUGUCCAUCCUUUCUCUAUUGUUUAUCAUAUUGAGUUUGGUUCAACAGUUAUUGAUUGAUCAGAUUCUUCUCUUAUGUCAUAAUCCAGUAAUUAAUGCCCCAACAAAGCAUGUAUUGUUAAAAAAAAAGAAAAAGAAAAUGUAAGCUAUAAAUGAAGAGCUAUAUGUAUGCCAUGCACAUCCGUUUUACCUGAUCAGGAGUUGAUAAGUAGAAAUUAUUGCUGCACCAGGAGUGGACUGAUGCGAUACAAACCUCAGAGGAAAUGAGGAGAGAAGGCUGCUCACCAGUGGCCUUACAUGCCUUCCUCUGAAAGGACUGUAAUGAUUGUUUUUCAUGCUUUGAUUUGAGUACUGUUUUUCAAAUGGAAAAAAAAGAUUUGUGCUGUAUACUCAGGAUAUCUGGAGAGAGAAAUGGAGAACAUCAGUGCUCGUGGGCCUAAGACGUAUACCUAACUGUCAGAAAAACACGCAAAGUGCAGAAUGCACUUGAUAGAUCUUGUCUUAAUAAAUUUUCUCUUUCGUGGGAAACACAAGUGCCUCGGAAGACAACUUUUGUGACCUUUUCUGUUUUUGGAAUUGUCUAUCAAACUCUAAAGGCUUUCACUUUGACAGCAGGAGCAUUCCCAGCAGAAAGGAGAGGAAGUAUGAGAGUCACGGGAAGCCUCUCAGUUCUGUGUUUCAUGUUGCUCAACAUUUGUGCAGUGACCUCUUUGUGAAGAGCUUUUCAUGUGACCUUGAGUCAAAUUGAAAUUUGGCAAUACUAGAAAUACGUUUUCAGCCCAUCUGCAAAGGCAAAUCUAGAGUCACUGCCUCCCCUGAUAUGUGGCUUACUCCUCGGUCACCUCUGCUUGUGCAGCGGUGUCGCUGAGAACCAGCAGAGGGCUCAACUGAAUCGCCAAAUUAUUCCACACCAGGGGUCACCUCCAUCAGACAGCGUCUCAGCAGGAGCAUGGCGGUGUUUGAUGGCCCUGGGCGUCUCUUUCAUCUGGUUCCAGCAACUCACUGGUGCAGAGUGUGUUGAUUCAGCGUCUGCAGCAGCUUGAGAAGGAGCAGUUUUCAUGUGUGUAGUUGCUUAUUGUUCUUGCAUUGGAGUUUUGAAGAAGAGGAGGCAAAGGUGUGAGACAGCAUCUGCUUUACUUGCCAAAAAUUGGACAGGAAGCACGGCAGAAGAGAAAAGAUUUCCUGAGUCCUGUGCAGGGAAUCCUAAUCUGUAGUUGAGAUGUUGAUCAGAUUUCUGUACUUUUCAAAAGCUUUUAUGGCAAACUGCUUAUGAAAGCAAAGUAUCCUGCUGUCAGAAACUGCUGCAGGAUGUAUCUCAUCAUCACAGUGCUGCUCCUGCUCAUCACUGCUGCCGGGUUGCUCUCCAAACAAAAGGGACUGGAGCGGCUAUUCUGCAGCCUCAGAUAUCCGCAAGGUGCUGCAGCUUCGACUGGAGGUUUCCUGGAGUUGUCAGGUGAAGCAGCUUUGAGUCUCCCUCUGGUUUUACUGCCUCUGUUCCACAGGUAAUGUAUGGAGAUGACCUCAACAACAAGACAGGGUACGUAUUGUAAUGCUGAAAACUACCAUUCACACACUAUGCCCUACUUAGAAGUUGGUAAAGGUGAACGGGACAGAAAGAAUGGCCAAAAAUGUUUGUAUUUACUAGCUUGCAGAAAAUACCAAAUAGCUCAUUGUAAUGCAGUUUGUGUUUUAGACUGUAAGAGGGAAAAAUAUUUGAGAUUGUUUAGUUUUAUUCUAUCAGCAUCAGCAAAAGUCAACUUUUGACUCCCUUUUGCUGGUCAAGUUUUCCUGUUUGAUAUACAUUGUCAUGAUUUUAGUCUUGCAAAUCCCAAAUAUUGCAUUUAUGGUCCUUAGUACAUCAGCAAAUCAGCCAUCAGCUACUAUAAUUCAACAACAACAGGCAGCUACACAAGUGAGUCAUAGUGGUGGAAGAUGUAUCCAGACUCUGUAAAAUGAGCAAUAUGACAUUGUUUAAAUAUUCAUUUCUAAAUUCUAAGACUAUUAUACUGGCAACAGGAUUACAUUUCAAGAGUAAAAGUUCCUAUAAUGCAGAUUUACGCUUCCGAAUGUGACGUAUGGAAGUGAAUGAUUACUACUGAUGCACUGACAUGUAAGCAGUAUUUAAUGUAGUUGUUUGGGGAGCUGCUAGUUUCUGUGACUUUACAAACUGUUGUGAAAUGUAAACAGUAACACCUUGUUCGACAAACUUUACUGUGUACAAUCCUAAUCUGCAAAGUUAUUGUACCUGUUAGAUAAGUAUACAUAAGUUUAAAAAAAGUGUUAAUUGGCAUGAAAUUGAAGUAGAAGUGCCUCAAGCCUAAGGUAACAAACAAUAAGUAGUCAAAUGCACUAAGUUUCCUCCACUCAUCAUAGGUGAAUGUCAAUCAGCAGUGUGUGUCAGCUUUAAUAGAGAUCUGAUAAUUAACUGUUAAUAGCAUCAGUCCUGAAACACAAAAAGAGUCUAAUAUAUUAACAACAGGCCUGAUAGGGUCUGCAACAGUCACUGACACAUUAGCUGCUAACACUGACCGUUCAUCAUGCAGUCAGGUAUCCGAAAUCUAGGAAAACUGCACAAGUCAACAGGAACAAAUGGAGGGAAGUUAAUAGGAGAGUGCUUUAAACUAUUCAGAGUUUCCCAAACUUUUCAGCCCGCUGCUCCAGAAUAAUGGUGCCAGAGACUUGAAAACCCCACUGAACUGGAGGAAGUGGAGGCAUACAAAUGUGGAGAUACACACAAGCAGUAAUAGGCCUAUCUAAACACAGAACACGAGUAACCAAACAACCAUAAUAUUAAUUUAUAGUGACUAAAUAGAGACUGGUAGCAGAAUACAUCAAAGUAAUUUCCAUGUAUAAACUGUAUGCUCAAUAAAACUCAUAAAAGGAUAGAUAGGCCCUUUGCUUGUAAGUCUAAUCUGGCUUUAAUUCUGGAGAUUUAAUGGACCUGCACCAACUGAUGCUGUCGUUAAUCUGUCCUAAUCACCUCAGUGGGCACAUGGGAACAAAGAAAAUCUGAAUGCUGAUGACAGAUGUUCUUGUUUUUGCAUGGUUUCAUUUUAAAUUUAUCAGCCAUGUUUUACCUUCUAUAACAAUUAUGGAUAGAUUAUGCUUUUUAAAGAUCAUUUAUGAAUAUAAUAUGAUUUCUGGAAAUCAUUUUGUGUUACCACUUUAGGGUCUCACAAUUCUCCACAGGGUCAUGACCCCCACUUUGGUAACAACUGAGCUCUAGUUUGCCUUUGUUGAUAGCUAAGAUUGUAGCUGCUGCAGCUUUAUUUUGAGAUGACAGUCUGAAAUAAGCUAUUUCAUUCCAGAAAAUGAAGUAUUUCUUGCUCUUAUUUGCACUAGGAGAAGAGGUUGGGACUGAAAAUGACGUGAACAUUUUCACUCGGGACAGAAUAGGUUUAGAUGUCCUACAGUUUAAUCGCUAGUCAUGGUGGCUGUGAACAGACAGUGGAAUGAGCUCAUUUGGAAUAAUAAAGGUGGUAGCAUACACUGUGUGUCAGGUAUGUAAAGUUGGUGUUAAAAGGUUGGAUUUUGUAUUGAUGAAGAGGUAUUGAGAGCUCGGAUUUCUGCUGUGUGAAUGUUAAAGAGAAAGGUCUCUAAGGAAUGACAUUAUUUAGACUUUUUUUUUUUAUUUGUGACUUUUCUCACAGUAGCUAUGAAUGCACAGAAACCCUGAAACUAAAAACAGGAACAUGAACUUGUGCUAAGGCUGGAAAAUGAGAUAAAUUACUAGAUGUGCUGACUUUGAACCACUGAAUUAAAUGAACAUCCUGCACCUGUCAGGAGUACGUGGAAUAAAACGUGAUCUUUUAACAAAGUAGUAAAGCAGCAUUUAUUUCCCUUGCCUUUUUCUAGCUCCUCAUUUUACAUUUGAGUCAUAACAAACUAAAAGAUGUCUUUCUUUCUGACCUCUCUUUCAGCAAAGCCACUUCUUCAGAUUUGCAACAUGUUUUCAAGCUGUUCAUAAUUAAAAUGUUGAGUGUUUCAGGUCAUCCACUCGACAUGGAGGUAAAGAAGAAAGAAGACAUCUCUGAAAACACUCACAUCUACCUGCAGUGUGACUGAAUGAACUCUGUGGAGCUUCAGUAAACUCUGAAGUUAUGAAUCCGCUUGAAAAAUUGUUGCUCCUUAAAGGAAUUCAUUAAACAACUAUGGGGAACUACUCCGGUGAGUACAAUUUAAAUAAAGUUUUUCACUCAUAUUUUUUAUUGCCAUUUAUUGUAAGCUGAAUUUGAAUAGAGCUUGAAUAAAGGCAGCUAUUUUUGAAGCACUCACACUGACAUUGUGUCUUUUUUUCUUGAAAAUCGUCCAAUCGCUUACGGAAGAAAUUUUCAGUUGAACUGAAGUAAAUUAGUUCUUCUAGAGGGCAGAGUUGGGUGGAGCAAUAUUAAACAGAAGACGGGAAAUGAUACAGUAUCACCAUUUUUCAAAGGAACUGCGAUAAGCUUAUCCGGCUGAUUAUACAAGUGAGGAAUGAAUUAUUAGACACUCACAAUGUCAAUAAUAUUAGAUCUUUAUAUUACUUCAAACUUGCCUGUGUGUGACAAUCAAGGAGCACAUUUAGUCUGAUUUUAGACUUAAGACCAAGAUUUGUUUCUCUUAAAUGUCUCAUACUGCAGAGAGAACUACAUGUGAGUUUGUCAAAUAAAGCCAGUCACAGACAGCACACCAUUUUCAGCCUCUGGACCCUAAUCCUAAUAAUAAUUUACAUUUUUUACUCUAAGGCCAUAGAAUGGAUGAGAAAAGUCAACAGAAACUCAGAACGUCAUCUCGGAAAAGUCAGACCUUAUCUGACUUUCAUAUAAACAUGUUAGACACUCGCAACUGCGGACAAAGAUGCUGAAAAGAAACUUCACAUUAGUUUCAGUUAAGUCCAUCAAAUGAAGGACCCCUUUUCAAAUCCUAGUCUGCUUAAGCACACUUCAUGUUUGACUUGAAAGCGUGAUACAACGACACACUCGAGCUCUCUAAUUAUUCGGCUUUUCUAAUGGUCUAAUGCAGCAGUAGAAAGUUUGUUUACAUCAGCAGCUUUUUACAUAUCAGUGUCAAAUAACAUUUUCAUCUAUAAGAUUCUUUAGUUACUGUUUGUGUAUAAAUAUAUCCAAACUUUCUAAGAAGCAUGCUGAUGUUUGUACUGAGACAAUAUAUUCUUUUUUAAAAAAUGGAUAAAUUACUAAUAGAAUUUACAUAGAAAAUAUAUGUUCUAUGCAGCAAACUAUUAACACAUCACAGCUUAUUUUUAUUUUGGCUGUGUGCCUUGAAAUUUAUUACUGAUCUCUGGCCUGAGUUAACUUUAAAAUAAAUGACAUGAGAUUAAAGAUAUUAGAAAAAGCAUACAUAUGGGUGACAAAGGAAAAACCAACAUGAAGUCUCUAAUAACAGGCAUGGCAAUUUUCCGCCGUUCCGCGGAAAUCCGCCGUUUUAAUUUUCAAAUUGAUCAUUUCUGUGAAUCGUCCAAAUCCGUUGAGAAAAUUUUAGGGGAGGUGAGGUAUGUUUUUGUUACUCUUGCUCCCGGUUUUUGACAAGCGCUCGGCGUUUCUCCCGCAGCGUAACAGACAAAAGCCGCGAUUCCACAAGCAUCUACUCGGCGCGGUACGGUUCGCCACUAUUGUAUCUGACUCGGCUCGUCUCGGUUUAGUUGUUUUUCCAUAUAGCCUCAUCGUGGGUGGAGUCUCAUAGCGCAGCGAGCCGAAAGUCCCUUAACGUCAUUUGCGUGCGACACAAACGCAACAUAACGGAGACGAUGGUUCACCUGCUGCUCGGUCUGUGGCUUUCUGUCAGAUUCAAAGUAAUAGAAGAGACGGAGAAAGCUGAGAGCGGCGAGUCGGAACACUCAGGAGACACACAGGAGAGUUUGGGAGGCGAUGCAGUAGUAUCAAGCUGAAGACAAGAGGAUAUGAACGAGACGACAUAUGAGGGUGGCUCUCUUAUGAGACUUCAUGGGAUUUACCUGAAGCAGCAGCACAUGAGCCUGAAGUGGCACAAAGUGUAGAGGAGGAGGACAGAGAUGUACAGGAUGCAUUGAUGCAGUACGUGUCAUGCAAAAGUUAUUCUUCUCGCUAUACUUCUGUUUUUCAGUCCCCGGACCGCUAUUGUUUUCUGUAAUGCAAUUUCUGACAAUAAACUUUUGUACCUUU